GCUGUGCAGAAAGCAUUGCAUUUAAAACCGCCCAGGGAAGACACCGCAUUUACGAGGCUAGUUUUGUUUUUUUUGCUGCCGCCCUCCCUCCCUCCUCGCCCCGGGUUGACUCUGUCCCGACCACUAUGACUUGGUGGAGAGGAAUGCAGCACCGGUUCACCUGAGCGCGUGCGUUUUUCUUUUUUAACCCCAUCAAACACUUACUCUGCUACUUUUUAUUUCAUUUAAUUGGAUGCCGUGUCGGACUGCUGCUGCUGCUGCUGCUGAAAGACCCAGGAGGACUCUUGCUUGUGUCAACUUGUUUGCCUUAAAAUAAAGAGACGCAAGGUUAUGUAGGUAGGCACUGCUGUGGGAUACACCUCCGCUCCGCUGUUUACAUGUUGUAAUUGGAUUUUCCAUCAUUUCCAGCAGCAGUAGCAGCACCAGCACCACCACCAGCAGCAGUAGUAGUAGUAGCAGCUCGGGGUUUCCUCCCUCCUCCUCCUCUUGUUCCUCCUUCUCCUGUUGGGAGCGUUUUGCCGGGUGCUGGUGGUGGUGGAGAAGAAGAUGGGACUACCUGCUCUGGAGUUCAGUGACUGCUACCUGGACAGCCCGCAAUUCAGGGACAGACUCAAGUCCCAUGAGCUGGAGCUGGACAAGACCAACAAGUUCAUCAAGGAGCUGAUUAAAGAUGGCAAGGCGCUGAUCCAGGCUUUGAAAAGUCUGUCAACGGCCAAGAGGAAGUUCGCCGACUCGCUCAAUGAGUUUAAAUUCCAGUGUAUUGGAGACGCCGAGACGGAUGAUGAGAUAUGCAUAGCCAAGUCUCUUCAGGAGUUUGCAGCGGUGCUACAGAACCUGGAGGAUGAGAGGACACGGAUGAUCGAGAACGCCAACGAUGUGCUGAUUAUGCCUCUGGAGCGGUUCAGGAAAGAACAGAUCAGUGCAGCUAAGGAAGCCAAGAAGAAAUAUGACAAAGAGACAGAGAAGUAUUGCGCAGUGCUGGAGAAGCACCUUAGCCUCUCAGCAAGGAAGAAAGAGGCACAUCUACAUGAGGCGGACAAUCAGGUGGAUAACGUACGGCAGCAUUUCUACGAGGUCUCCCUGGAGUACGUCUUCAAGGUGCAGGAGGUCCAAGAGAGGAAGAUGUUUGACUUUGUGGAGCCUCUGUUGGCGUUCCUCCAAGGCCUGUUCACCUACUAUCACCACGGCUAUGAGCUGGCAAAGGACUUCAACCACUUCAAGACUGAUCUCACCAUCAGCAUACAGAAUACGAGGAACCGCUUUGAGAGCACGCGGUCGGAGGUGGAAAGCCUGAUGAGGAAGAUGAAGGAGAAUCCACAUGAACACAAGAGUGUCAGCCAGCACACCAUGGAGGGAUAUCUGUUUGUGCAGGAGAAGCGCUCCUUUGUAUCUACCUGGGUGAAGUACUACUGCACGUAUCAUCGUGAGCCCAAAAGGGUCACCAUGGUCCUGUUUGACCCUAAAUCAGGAGGGAAAACGGGCGAAGAGGAGAGCUUCAUCCUCAAGUCAUGCACCAGGAGGAAGACGGACUCCAUAGAAAAAAGGUUCUGCUUUGAUGUGGAGGCUGUGGACAGGUCGGGCGUAAUCACCAUGCAGGCUCUGUCAGAAGAAGACCGCAGGUUGUGGAUGGAGGCCAUGGAUGGGAGAGAACCGGUAUACAAUCUGAACAAAGACAACCAGGCUGAAGGCAUGGCCCAGCUGGAUGUGAUCGGGUUCAACGUGAUGAAAAAAUUCAUUUACGCAGUGGAGACUCGAGGUAUUGAUGAUCAGGGCCUGUACAGACUCGUUGGCGUCAACUCCAGAGUACAAAAACUACUGAGCCUCGCUAUGGAUCCCAAAACAUGCGCUGACGUGGAGCUAGAAAACCCCGAGUGGGAGAUCAAGACGAUCACGAGUGCUAUCAAACAUUAUCUCAGAGUGCUGCCCGCUCCUCUCAUGACGUAUCAGUACCAGAGGAGCUUCAUCAAAGCUGCCAAGUUGGAUAACCAAGAGGCCCGAGUGACAGAGAUCCAUGCGCUGGUGCACCGGCUGCCUGAGAAGAACAGACAGAUGCUGGAGCUGCUGAUGAAACACCUGGCCACAGUGGCCAGUCACCACCAGCAGAACCUGAUGACCAUCGCCAACCUGGGUGUGGUCUUCGGGCCGACUCUGCUCCGCCCGCAGGAGGAGACGGUGGCAGCCAUCAUGGACAUCAAGUUCCAGAACAUCGUAGUGGAGAUCCUCAUUGAGCACCAUGAGAAGAUAUUCAGGGACAUGCCAACUUCGGCAGGCGGUCCGACCAACAUGCAGCUCAACCUGUCCAGGAGCAGCAGCCAAGGUCGAACCCCGAGACACAGCCUGACCAGCAACGACGGAGAGCAAGACACCCGGCAGAUCCGGCCCAGCUCACUGCUGAACCCAAAGAGUCGUGGCAGCAUACCAACCAGCACAAUGUCUCCCAGCCCCACCUCCCCGCGCUCUCCCUCCUGGCCGAUGUUCUCUGCCCCAUCAAGUCCUCAGCCGACGUCCUCCGCCUCCAGUGACUCCUCCCCCGUCAGUAUCGCGGGCAGGAAGGCUCGGGCGCUGUAUGCCUGCAAGGCAGAGCAUAACUCGGAGCUGUCCUUCAUCGCCGGGACCAUCUUUGAGAACGUUCAUGCCUCCAGGGAGCCCGGUUGGCUGGAGGGGACUCUGGAUGGCCGAACAGGAUUGAUACCAGAAAACUAUGUGGAGUUCUUAUAGUCCAGGGCAGAGACAAAGACUUGAAGUGGACGAUAUUGGACUGGAGUUGACCAAACUGGACCCUAGAGGACUAGAUUUGACUGCACAGGACUGAACAAACUCAAAUAGGUCGUAUAUCAUACUGGACUGGACCAUUGUUAAUGAGGCCUCUCUUGUCCUGACUGAACCGGGAAUUGAAACUGGACCAAGAAGAAUCAUAUGGAAUGGAUAUAACGCAGGACCGAAGUAGAGACCCUUGGAUUGCACUGGAAAAAAAAAAAGAUGAGUUCCACUGUGGUUCCGGCUGUUAUUGGAUUAGUGUGGAUGACUUCCCAAGUCCUGGUGAGAUGAUGUGGUAAUGAACCUGGAAUGUGUGUGAGAGAAAAAAGUGGAGGGGUUUGAGAAAAUCACAUGUAUGAAUGAGAUGAAAUUGAGGCUGAGCUGUGAGGCUUCUCAGCCCUUGCUUUAUUACGUUGAACUGCACUGCCAUAUCUUCAGAAUCUCCUCUUUUUAUCAGCUAGAAAUUAAAAAAAAAACCUGUGGAGAUGAUGGAGAUGAUGACAGGGAGUAAGACUAAAAGCAAAUGGCUUUUUUACUUUGGACUUGCUAGUUCACCUUCUCACUGUGCGCUGUUUGAAUGAUUGCUAAUCCCACUAGGGGGACUGGAGUUUUUAAAGCUGAUUUAAAUGAUUGGGUUUUGGUUGUAUGGCUAUAAAUGUGUUUGGGAGCAAUUGCUGUGGCGGUCCCAUAAUUCCCCAGGACAAGACUCAACCUUGCUAAUGUUUCAGAUGUCCAGGUCAGCAGCAGGAGCCCUGGGGCAGAUCAGCACAGGGUGAGGUUGCCUCAAAACAGUUCGCCAAAAGGUCAGCGUUGGGUUUAUCCUUAUUUAUAAUGCCUCUCCCUGCAGAGCCCUCACAAAAAAUGUGAAAAAUUUCAAACAAGCUCCCCAAGCUGGUCAGUGGUUUACAAUACAGCAGAGGAGCUACAACUGAUUCCUCCUGGUUAAAACAAGUCCGGCUGCGAGCCUUGCACUGCUACCCCAGCUUAGAUGCUUUUUUGAUUGUUGGAAAUAAUUGGAUCCAGUGUGGAACAUAGUGCUGAGUCAUGUUCCCAGAGUUCAAAGAUGUCGUAUUUUUCAAACCACUAUUGUUAUUUUUCAACCUUACUCGACAAAAACGUAUAAUUGAUCACAUGUAUUUCUAUGAAGCCUGGACCUUUCUCUCCUAGUUUUAACCGUUAUGCCAAUUCAGUGCUAAUAAUGUAAAUAUCUGAGGAGGCAAUUAAAUUUGGAACUGGGGUUUACAAGCCAAGGCUGUCAUAAAAUGUAGAUGUGGAUUUUAGAGAAGCUAAGACAUUUGAAAAAAAGAAAAUCAAUAUGUUUUACCAGAAUUGCUCAGAUGUGUAUAUGCAAGCUGGUCUGCUUUGGGGCUCCAAUGAAUGUCCUCAUUUCAUGAGUCGAAGUUGAACAACUUGGAGAUCUGUAUUAAAGUAUAUCAUUGAAUUGAAUAUGUUCUGUUAGGGCAGAAUAUUGAAAGACCAUUUAGCAUUUUAACAGGAAAAUCAAAUGGGAGAGUACAAAAGAAAAAAACUUAAAUGUGAAAAGAGACUACUUUGUUCAUAUCUGAACUUCUUAUUUAUGAGAGUUUCUGAAAGGCUCAAUCCUGAACUGUAUUCAUUUUGAGGUGUUUUAUUGACAUUGUAAAUAAAUACACAGCAUUUGAUAAGGUAUAAUUUUUUUAAGUAUGAAAUUUUAUAUUUUGUAUUUUUAGAAUACUAACUUAAUUCCUUAAUUCCAUCCUUGUUGCCCAGAUUUUUGUAUCAUUUAAGUCUAUCUACAGCCUUAAAUAUUCUUUCAGAUGUUUUGGUGAAUUGAUAAGAUUGUGCAGAAUUAAAGAUAAAUGUUCAA